AUGGAGACUGUAGAAAUCGAAUCUGAACCUAGUACAGAAACCAUGCCUGAAACUAUACCCGAAACUAUACCCGAAACCAUGCCUGAAACCAUGCCUGAAAUUAUGCCCGAAACCAUGCCUGAAACUAUGUUUUUAUUGAAUAAUGUAAAAGGUCAAAGGCGAAGAUAUAUGUCACAAAGCAAUCGAUCACCAAUUAGAGACUACUUGUUACCAACCUCUAAUGGGAGCAAUCGAUGUGAAAAAAUAGAUAUUGGCAAGAAACUUUUGGAUAUUAUUACAGAUAAUGUGGCCAAUAUAUGCUCUAUAGAAAGAAUUUUGCAAGAGAAAAUGCUUUCUGAGUUUAAUAAUAAUGGUGUGCAACAUUUUCGUUGUGGUGCACAUAUUCUAAAUCUUGGCGUAGAAGAAGAAAUUAAAAAAGUUAGCAAAGAAAUUCAGAAAGCACGAGAAUUUUUUUUAAAACUUUGA